AGGACGCAGGGUCGACACAAAAUCUCUUGAUGACAACUGAAUUGAUGUUAAUGCGUUUCGGACUACUUACUUUCUUCUUGGUGGACCAAAAACUUUUCAAUGGAGAACAAUCAAUUUUCUCAACGGAAAGGAAUACGGCACCGGGCCAUCCCAUAAUGCUAUUGCUUUUUCUAGUGAUCUGCCUGGGAUUGCUGGAUUCCGGUAAAUCGAAGUCUAUGUGCCUGGCUUCAGAGAAGGCACCCUUGCUAUCCUGUAACAGGGGAGAAACGUGCGAGCCGAGACAGCGAAGGGAUGCUGGGGGACGUGGCGGCGUGUAUGAGCACCUCGGUGGAGCACCAAGACGCAGAAAGCUUUACUGUGCCACGAAGUAUCACUUGCAAAUUCAUCCCAACGGCCAAAUAGAUGGUACACUUGAAGAGAAUAAUCCUUUUAGCAUUCUGGAGAUCACAGCUGUUGAUGUCGGAGUGGUGGCAAUUAAAGGACUGUUUGCGGCAAGAUAUUUGGCCAUGAACAACAAGGGACGACUCUAUGCUUCUGAUUCCUUCAACAAGGAGUGCGAGUUCAUCGAGCGGAUGCACGAGCUGGGCUACAACACCUACGCCUCUCGGCACUACCACACUGCACCUCCACACGCCUCCAACAGCAGCCUGGCCAGCAGCAGCAGCAGCAGUGGUCACAGCAGCAAGCACCGGGCCAGCCCCGAGAGGCUGUGGUACGUCUCCAUCAACGGCAAGGGCCGGCCUCGGAGGGGCUGCCGUACGCGGCGCACGGAGAGGGCCUCCCUCUUCCUGCCCCGCGUGCUGGCCCACAAGGACCACGACACCGUGCACCUGUUUCACAUCAGCCGGCAGUACCGGGAAAGCCUCCUGGGAGACUUGGCACGAGACGAGUGA